AAGAAGCGAAAAAGUUGGCUGGAUGGUUUGAUAUCGAAGAGAAGGAACAUCUCAAAACAUACCCAUAUCGUCCACCAUCACCACGUAAUUCAACAUGGAAAUCAUACAUUGAAUAUCGCAUUAAAAUGUUACGAAAAGGAAUGGCAGCUUAUGCGACGCGUGAAUAUGCACGACUGGAUUUAGACCAUCACAUUCGCUCGACCAGAGUAAAUGAUCAAAUCGCCGUGCGUGUGACAAACAACAAACCGUCGUUGGUUCAAUUUGGUGCUUGGGCGAUGAAACCCGAUCGACCGUUUGGAAUAAAAAAGCGUAAAAGAUGUCCGGGAUCGCGUAAGUUUCGUGUGAGCAUUAAGAAACUUGGACAUUCAGAAGUUGAAAUGCAAGAUGAAUGGGGAACAUCACAAACAUGCGCGAAUUGUCAGGAACGUUUUCCAAGGCACACAAAAGAUGAUCGAUUUAAAGUGUGCUACGAUUGUAGAGCGAAAAAGAUUGAUGGCCUGCCAGAUUCAGUCGCUGGACUGCCAGAUAUCAUUGUGUCAACGGUCAACAGACGUGUUUUGAGAAGAAAACGUGCAAUUAUUAAGCGACAAAUUAUCGAUGGCAAUCGUGAGGCUGUGAACGAAAAAAUUCGGACUGGGCGUUUAAUGUCAAAGGUUAAAGUUACCUACAAAAAUUGGCCAUUAAAUGUUGAUGAUGAUGAUGUUGUUCCACAAACAGUUACUUGGCACCGAGAUAUUGUUGCAGCAAAAUGCAUUAUGCUCAAAGGACUUUGCCGGAUCUUUGAUGUACCAUUGCCAGUUUCAUUGUUAAGACCGCCGGACUAAAACAACAAUGUCAACUAACAAACAUCAUCAAUUAAUCAUACAUUCAAAAAAUUACAUGAAAUAAAUUUUUUUUAACUAUUAUAGUUAGCUUAGCUAGACAUGAACAGACUAUAUAAAGUCUUGUGGUCUAGUUGUACAAUAGUACAACAUUGUACGGAGGGGGAGUGCCCGUAGGUGAGUAAAGUUUUUAAUUUAAAAAAAGUAUUUUAUACCCAGUUCAACUGAUACUAAUGGUUGUCUUUCCCUUUUUCCAUGUUUUCACACCUGAAUGUUCCACCAUGCCAAACCUAUGGAAAUGACUGAAA